UCUUGCAUUCUUCCAUUGUUCUUCUUCAACCAUGUUUUGAAGAAUUAAUUCACCAUCUAUCUCUCUUUGUUUCUAUAUGUAUGGUUUAGUGAAUCUUUUAAGUGGCCUUAGUUUCCUUGGGCUGGCUACAAUUUUUUUUAGAAAUCUCCUUAUCUAUUCAUCUCUAGUUUUACGAGCCAUUUGAAUUCUCUUGCUUUUGCAACAAGAUUUAGGUUCCUGAAAACGAAAAUACUGCCUAAUGGAGAUGGGACCGUUAGGUGCUAAGUUGCACACAUCACUUUGUGCUGAGUACUGACAGAACCAGAAUACAACGUCAACAAGCAUGUGUUCUACAGUAAAAUUUGAGUUUAUGGAGAUGAUUAGGUGUUUAUUGAGGUACAGUUUUAUGCGUCUCAGUAAUCAUGGUCAUGAUGCAACUUCUUUUUUAAGGAAAAAGUCAUGAUACAACUUUGGAAGCACAAGUUUAGAUGUGCUUUCUGCUUUACUUUGAGGAAAGGGAUGCUUGUAAAUUGUUCCAAAUGAUGUGCCUAAGGAGAAAGCUUGAAUUGAAGCAUUUUGUCUUGCCUAGUUGCUAUUGGCGACUAGUAAUAUUCUCAGUACCAAGUUGGCUUUAUAAUGUAUGAAACAUCCAGGCAGUAAUUCUCUUUGUUCUAUGUGCUUACCUUAUAAGUGGUCUUAGUUCCCCUUGGUUGACCACAGAGUUUUCUUUGCAAAAGUCUCCCGAUCUGUUUAUUCUUGUUUAUCCAUUAAGCGAGCCUCUGAGGCUCUGUUGCUGCACUCCUCAAUUCUUUAUUCUGCUUUAACGGUGUUCUGAAGAAUUAGUUCAGGCUUUGCUUCUCUUUGUUCUAUAUGCUGUAGCUAAUCAUGUCUAACUAUCCUAUUUUGCUGAGUUUUUACAUAGAAAUACCAUUAUCUGGUAAGCCUUGUUUGGAAAUUAAGGAUAUAGGCUCUGAAGUUCUUUAAUGUUUACAAGUGAUUUACAGUCUCUUGCUUUGCAACAAGAUUUUGGUUCCUGAAAAUAAAAUUACAGCUUCCUGGUGAUGAAUCGUUAGACACUAAGCUGCGGCCAUCAAUCAGUGCUGAGAAAACAAGGUUCACAAUCAAUGUGCUUGAAUUCUAGAGUCAGUGGAUUUAUGGAGAAUCUUGGGUGUUUAUUUAGGUGCCAGAAGUGAUCAACUGCAGCAAUGGGCAACUUGUGCUGCUGUGUUCAAGUUGAUCAGUCGACCGUGGCCAUCAGGGAGCAGUUUGGCAAGUUUGACAGUGUGCUUGAGCCAGGAUGCCACUGCAUGCCUUGGUUCAUCGGCAAGCGUGUAGCUGGUCAUCUCACACUCAGGCUGCAGCAACUGGACGUGCGCUGUGAGACCAAGACUAAGGACAAUGUCUUUGUGAACGUCGUGGCAUCUAUUCAGUACCGUGCUCUGGCUGGCAAAGCAAGCGAUGCGUUCUACAAACUGAGCAACACAAGGUCCCAGAUCCAAGCUUACGUCUUUGACGUUAUCCGAGCAAGCGUUCCCAAGCUCAUUUUAGAUGAUGCUUUCGAGCAGAAGGAUGAGAUCGCAAAGGCUGUGGAGGAGGAGCUCGAGAAGGCCAUGUCAGCUUACGGCUUUGAGAUCGUGCAGACUCUGAUCGUGGACAUUGAGCCAGACGAGCACGUGAAGCGCGCGAUGAAUGAGAUCAACGCAGCGGCGAGGCUGAGGGUGGCUGCGAACGAGAAGGCCGAGGCGGAGAAGAUCGUGCAGAUCAAGCGCGCGGAGGGUGAGGCGGAGGCCAAGUACCUGUCCGGGCUGGGCAUCGCCCGGCAGCGGCAGGCGAUCGUGGACGGGCUGAGGGACAGCGUGCUGGGCUUCUCCGUGAACGUGCCGGGCACCACCGCCAAGGACGUGAUGGACAUGGUGCUCAUCACCCAGUACUUCGACACCAUGAAGGAGAUCGGCGCGUCGUCCAAGGCCUCGUCGGUGUUCAUCCCGCACGGCCCCGGCGCGGUGCGCGACAUCGCCACGCAGAUCCGCGACGGCCUCCUCCAGGGCUCCUCCGUCUCCCACCACUAGCUGCUGCUUGCUGGUUCUGGAGCAGCGUGGAUGCGGAUUCAUUCAGUCACAGGGAAGGAGAUUGCUUAGUUAUAUAUAUGCUUGCCACCGUCAGUCAGACCAGUGUGAUGCCUGUCUAUAUUGCACGUGUGUUUCUCGUUAGUAUGGAGUGAUCUCAAUGUGGAACCAUAUAUUAUAACGCUCUUCGGUAUUACCUGCUACUCCUAGGAUGCUUGGGGAUCGGAGAACCUUAUCUGACCUUUUAGAGAAGUGGUAAUAUGAGCAUACUGCAGCAUGAGUUUGCAGUA